AGUUCAGCAUCUCGGGGGCAGCUGGUCGCCACCCCAUCCCCGGUGUGGGAUCCUGCUGCUGCCUCCCCAGUGCCGUGUCGGGGUGUCGGGGCAUCCUCCCCAUCGGUGCCGGUGGCCGCUCGCCUGUUUGAGCCGUUUCUUUCCCGGCUUCCCCCUGUGCCGCAGGCUGGGAAUGGUACGGUCCUCCCUCAGCGCCCGUUGCUCCGUGGAUGUUGCUAGAAGGUGAAGGCAUCAGCGCAGGCUGCAGAGGCUGCGGCGGUUGCAGCCAGCCCCGAGACAUCCCGGGAGAGCGGGUGGAAGGGACCCGCGGAGGAGGUUUGUGCUCAGCUCCGGCCCUCUCCCCCCUGCUGCUGCUCCAAGGGUCCGGCAGCAUCGUCAGUGAGGAGCCAUGACCCAGGGGAAGCUCUCUGUGAACAACAAGCCCCCCAACUCUGAGGGGCAAGGGGAGAAGAAGGACAAUGCCACGGUUCCACCAGCUCCUCCAACCUAUGAGGAGGCAACAGCAGGAGAAGGGUUGAAGUCUGGUGCUUACCCUCCUCCCCCAUCGGUGCCGCUUCACCCCAGCUGGGCUUAUGUCGACCCCAGCACAAGCCCGAGCUAUGGCAGCAGCGGGUACCCAGGGGACACAGAGAUGCUCACGACCUUCAGCUGGGAUGACAGGAAUGUGCGCAGAGUGUUCAUCAGGAAGGUUUAUGCCAUCCUGAUGGUCCAACUCUUGGUCACUCUUGUUAUUGUGGCUUUCUUCACCUUCUGCGAGCCGGUCAAGGGGUACAUUCAGACACACUCUGCCUGGUAUUGGGCUUCCUAUGCUGUUUUCUUUGUGACCUACUUGAUUCUUGCUUGCUGCUCUGGACCCAGGAGGUAUUUCCCAUGGAAUCUGAUCCUGUUGAGCAUCUUUACACUCUCCAUGGCUUAUCUCACUGGGAUGCUCUCCAGUUACUACAACACCAAGUCAGUCCUUCUGUGUCUGGGGAUCACAGCCCUGGUGUGUCUGUCUGUCACGAUCUUCAGCUUCCAGACCAAGUUUGACUUCACCUCCUAUCAGGGCGUCCUCUUCGUGAUGCUCAUGGUGCUCUUCUUCGGUGGCAUCAUCCUGGCUGUGAUCCUGCCCUACCAAUACGUCCCUUGGCUCCACGCAAUCUACGCUCUGCUUGGUGCCAUUAUAUUUACUAUGUUCCUGGCAUUUGAUACUCAGAUGUUGAUGGGGAAUCAUCGGUACUCACUGAACCCAGAGGAAUACAUCUUUGGAGCCCUCAAUAUCUAUCUGGACAUCAUCUACAUCUUCUCCUUCUUCCUCCAGUUCUUUGGCUCCAGCCAGGAGUGAGUGCAGCAAGGCAGUAUCUUCUCUUUGCUGGCAAGAUUCAAGUGUUUAAAAUAAACCUUAAAAGAGGAGGAAAAGAGGGUUUAAAAAAGCAAACAAAAACACCCCCCCGCCCCCCCCCCCCCCCCCCUUUCUGGCCCAGUAGCAGGCUCCAUUCAGUCAGCUGAGCAAAGCCCCUGGGUUCCUUACGCAGCUUGUAUAUAUGCUGUUAGGCCUUUGUGACCCAGAAAACAAAGCAGGGCUUAAGUGUUAUGUCUCUUCUGCUCCCUCCACUCCUACUGAGAUCAAACCAGACCAGAGACCGGGAGGCAUGAGCCCAACGUGAUCUUUUUCCCAGAGGCUGUCAGAGUUGCCUGCCUGAGUUCUGCAUAUCAUGGGGUGUUGAAGUGCUGAGACCAGCUCUGCAAAUGGAGAAUAAAGUAAAGGGGAGGAGAGUAGGGAAUUUUGCUGGGAUCCUGGCAGGAAAACUGGCUGAAGAAAGGGAGAAGGCUAGGGAAGUACUUGCAUCCCCCUGUUUCUCUCCUGCACUCAUCUGGAGCCUUGUGGCCUCUGCAGAGAUAUAUUCCUGAUAGCGUCUGCUUUUAGAAGUGCAGAGCAUAGGAUCACAUAGCCUGGAUGUCCCAGCAAUCAGUCCUCCAGGCACAAGGGAACCUGUUGUUCAGGACGUGCAGCCUCUUUGAGGACAUCCCUAAUGCCCCUGCAGGAAGAAUUCUGUAUCCUUUGCGUCUGGCCAUGGGGCUGAGUGUGUCCUUUUCUUCCCAGAGUGGGAUAGCAGGACCAUCGGCUGUGGGCUCACCUCCCCACCCAUUUUCAGUUCUCUCUGAAGUGUGGCUCUUCACUUGGGAGGGUUGUGAUCCCAUGUAAGGGUGAUUGGCAAAGAGAAGAAAGAGGCCCAGUUUCAGAGCCUGUACAAAGCCAGGCAAGUGGGAAAUGGGCGGCUGAGAUCCUGUGACCCAUCAUGAGGAUCUGAUGCCUUCACCAAAUUCUCUUGGCUUCUUGAGAUUAAUGGUCCUAAGUGGUUACUACCCAGACACUGAGGCCGGGGUGAAUGUCUGUUGCUCAAAAUGGGCACUCCUCUGUAGCAAACACCAACACCGCCUCUUCCUCUGGCCAUUUUCUAGUUUUGCUCCCCCGGAUGGGGAUGUCGGCGAGAGCACUGGAUAGAUACCUCUGAGUGCUCAGGUAACUUUCCAUCUUCCCCUUGCUCACAUUCCCCUCUUUGGGGGAUUAGCUGGCUAAUUUCUAACUGUAAAGCUCCAGGUGGAGAUAAGAGGCCUUUUGCUCUUAUUUAAAAAGUGAUCCUUGCUGCUGAUAGAAACCCGUAUCUUCAAUCUCUCUGGGAAUGCCAGGGCAAGUGCGUCACUGAGCUGCCUCUAGCAAUCCCUGCGUGUUCGAGAGAGGCUCUGCCAAAAUGCUCCGUACCGCGCAUUCCUCCUCUGCUGCUGCCCUGGCUUUUACCCUUCACAUGUUUGUAUCCUCCUGCCACACGUGUUCAGUGCCCCGAGCUGGGCAGAGGAAAGUUACUGUGCAGAAUAAAAAUGCUUCAGCCCUUCUGUGGCUGCACUGGGCCUUGUCUAGGAUCACACAGGAGCGCCACUGAUGCCUUCCAUUUAACCUUCCUCCCUAACAGCUCCCCCCGAACCAAUUUAAAAAAAGCAAAGCCAAAAUAAUUUUCAGGAUAAAGGAGACUAUUAGGUGAUGCCAGCAUUAAGUUCGUGACCCACUGAUUUCUGCAGUGCAUUGCAGAGGAGAGACAAGGGCCUUGAAUUGCUGAGCAGGCAGAACUGGGAGAGGGGACAGAAUGGGAGGCACCCUAAAAGUUUAUGAAGUAAGAGUUUAAAGAGAGAAUUUUCUGGCUCAGACCCAUGCAGGCACUUCUGAAAUAUCCUAGCAGACUGGCUGUGCGGCCUCUUUUUGCUCACAGUAAAAGGCCUUGUAAGUAUUUCUGCUUUCCAUCUUUUGAGGAGGGAGUGUGGAGUUAUGUCAUGAGUUCUGACUCUGAAAUAGUCCUAAAACUCCUCCUCUGGAGGACAAAUCCAGACCAGAGCUCUGCAGCCUUCCUUUCUGCACUGGGACUCCUCCAAACUGGCCCUGCGUACCCCGAGACCUGGGGAGGAGAACAUGGAUCUGCAGCCCACUCUGGAUCUCUUGCUCUUUUUCCUUCUGGUGUGGAGUAACUUUGCCGCUGCCUGAGCUGCUGCUACGUCCUGGCUUUCUGCUCCUGCGUGGGAAAAGCUUGCAUGGCACCUGCUCCGUCUCCAGGCCACUCGAGUGGGGAUGGCUUGCUGCCCUCCCGUGCCCCUCCACAGGGCUCCCUUCUUGCAUGUGUCCUGGUCCCUCUCCUGCGCUGACCCCAGGGCCUGCAGUCCAUCCAAGCCAGGCCUACCGAGAGCACCUGGACUGAAGCAGUGAGGAAUAUGCACGUGCUCAGAGAGGUGGAAGUCCUCCUGAGGCUGAGUAACGCAGGAUUAGGGGUGGGAUAUAGCUAUAGGCAUGUUCCUCCUGGGUUCCCUGACCGUCGGCGCAGGGGAGGUGCAGGGCUGCUUCUCUUCCUCCAUGUGGAUGUCCUUGAUCUGAGGUCUGCAUCACCCAGACCCUGGCUCUGUAUCCCCCCUGCUCCUUUUGUCCAGCCAUUCUUAUGGUUUCAUUGUAAAUAAGAUUUUGUAUUUUCUCUGAACAUUGCUAAUAAAUUGUUGCAAAACUGUUA